AGCUCCAUGCAGGCUGCAGCUAUCUCCUGUCAGUCCAGCAGUAAAUCAGAAACGGUUUCACUUUCAAGCAGCACAGUUCCCCUCUUUGCACUUUUGAGUUUGUUUCAUAGUUUGCAGCUAGGACAACUCUCCCUUCCUGAUCCACUUUCCAUUUCAUUUCCAGUCCUUGCCAGCUGGGCCACUAAAGGUACACUUCCGUGGAAGUAGCGUUUUGCUUCACGGGAACUCUUUCCAAAAUGAUCGGGUUUGCCUGUCCCACUGCCCACACUGACGCGUAAUUGCGUGGAAAUGGACUCCUGCUUCCUGCCAUUUUUGGAAGAAUGGGCGGAGCCGGCCAGACUCCUCCACACCGCAGAUUUUUUAAAGUUAGGAAAUUUUUUGAAGGGCAGGACGCUAAAUGGGAAUCUACCCUCUGAUGCAAGUCGGUGGCAGUUUGAGAGAGAUUUGAGCAGACUUUGAGACCGACCACUUACGGACUACAAUUCAAACAGGCACCACAUCACCGGACCUGUGGACACCAGCGUCUGAAUCGUGCUACACUCCAACGGGUUACCAGCACGCUGGUUAGUCAGAGGGAUACCUUCUAUCAGUUGUUGCAGGGUGAUCUGGUACAGGGACCUCUAAAAGCUGGCAUCGCCAUCAUGCAGCUUGGUUACCCCCUCCCAAGUCAGCCUUUAACGGUGCUGCCUUAUUUGUGUGACCAGCAGGGAGGGUAUAGUCUGCCUAGGCGGUACCACCCCGGACCCGAUCCUUACCAGUCUGGUUUAAAUAAAACAUACAACACCUUUCCGGGUCACUCCCAGGGAAAGGAAAUGGCUAAGCCACCAUACAGCUACAUCGCCCUCAUUACUAUGGCCAUCCAGAGCGCACCGGAGAAAAAGAUCACCCUGAAUGGAAUCUACCAGUUCAUUAUGGAACGAUUCCCCUUCUACAGAGACAAUAAACAAGGGUGGCAGAACAGCAUCCGGCACAACCUGUCCCUCAACGAGUGCUUCGUUAAAGUACCCAGGGAUGACAAAAAACCUGGUAAGGGCAGUUUCUGGACUUUGGACCCCGAUUCCUACAACAUGUUCGAGAAUGGCUCCUUCCUCCGCAGGAGAAAACGCUUCACUAAAAAAGGACUAGUAAGGGGGAGAGGUGCAGAUCCAGACAAAAAAGACAUUUCAGCACCAAAGAAGAUUAAUAACCAGGAUGCUGGGCCUUACCUGUUGGAUGCAAGAGAGAUCAAGACUGAAAAAGGAACGACAUCGGAUGCCAUGCUGACAGCUCCCCCACAGGUACUGGUAGCCUCACGGACUUCUCCAGGUUGUACUAACAUCGCCAAUGGAGAUGGCACAGGCAGUGGCAGGUCAGGGACUGUAGACUGUAACGGGACCACAGAACAAACCCUGGAAGACGGCCAAGGUCCUGAAAAUGAAAUGUAUCGUCCAGACGAGCAGAAGGGUCAUAUUCCUUCAGCUACCGAAGAAGGUCCAAAAUACAUAUCGACAUCUAAGGAGCAGCAGUGCUUGUAUCUUCAAGAUCCGCGGAAACAGAAGCCUCAGCAGUACCCCAAAGCACCCUGCUUUCAGAUGCCUGAUGGACACCAUAUGAACGACGAAGUACAAAAGAUGGAACGUACGCAGGUUCUUGGAGAAAUUCAAGAUCACCCUGAACUGGUCCCUUCCCUUCAUUUUCACCCCAAAGGAGAAAGUAGCAAUCAGCAGCACUUAAUGGACUCUAAACAUUCUAGGGUGACAACAGAACAGCUUGAUCAUAUUAGAGGUCCAGAGCAGAAGCGACAGAUACCGUCACCUGAAGGGCAUUCUCCGAACUAUAACCAAGUCCCUUCUAACUACCUACCGUUAAUGCAAGGACGUGCAAAAUUAAAUAUGCCCAACAGCAACCCUUCCUCGCCUGCAUACUCAUCCACACUAGAAACCGACAAUUACCCCAAAGUCUACUGUUCCUUUUUUUGCUUCAUUUGUAGUCAGCCUCAAGAGGCUGCCAACGCAAACUAUCAGUGUCGGGUCCAGGCCUUGAGUUUUUGCGCCAAUGGGAGACCCUACAGUUCCACGAUCGAGCACAUUUUGACAGCUCCAGUGUCAUCCCCCUUGCAACAGAGCCAGGACAGUAUCUUCAGUGGUCAGUCUGGCCAUUACCAGGUGGAACAGAAGCACCCUUGGCCUGGGACUCCUACCCACCAGCAAGUGGGCAACAGUUAUCAGGUGGGAUUCGCUCAACACAUAUAUCGAACACCAGAAACAUUUUUAUACGACAACAAAUAUUGAUGUACUUUAAUCCGUACAGAUGCAUACCUAUGCAAUAUUUUCUUUCAGUUUUGCCGCACUGACUGUGUUUUUAUUGGAACGCUUUUUUGUAUGAUUAUGAAAAGGUUUCAUUAUAUAUGACGCUCUGGAAGACACAGACUGACUCUUGAUAAUAUUUACACUGGUAG